AUGCCGCCCCACCAUUUGACAAGCUGGUUUGCGCUUGUGUCGGCCUGGGUGGUGCUUCUCCCGGUACUGGCCAGGCUUCUGAAAGCUUCUGCCCAUGUGCCCCACCACGAGGCUGCGGCCAGAGCCCAGGCCGCGAAGUAUCGUGGCGUGUAUUAUAACAAGCGAAAUCGUGCCUUCGUGGCGGCGCUGCAUGUUCUCGACGGUCCGGGCUACAUUGGCUGCUUCCAAAGUGCCAAAGAAGCCGCUGAGGCUUAUGAUCAAGCAGUGAGAUGCAGAUAUCCAAAACCCACUGCAGAUCAUGAGUUGCGUUGCAAAAGGCACUUGAACUUUCCCUCGGAGAAGGAAGCCGCCUAUACUGAAUCACCUGAGCAGGCACGCACACGUGGUCUUAAACAAGGCGGCUGCAGCCACCGCAAGGAGGCCAGAUCCUUCGAGCUGUUGAAGGCGGCCUCGGACACGUCACCUCAUUCAGAGAAGUACGAGCUCGAGCGCUUGACGGGGUCUUCCAGAGCAGAUGCUCUGUUCAAGCGUCGUGGCUCGACACAGACUGGUUUGCCGAUUCAGCUCAAGGCAGCAACUAGCCAGUGGAAGCAAGGACGAGUGUUUCGAUUUAAUCGCCUGCUGGGAUACGAUCGCAUGCUGGUGGUGCUUGUCGCACUGGACGGUGGCCACCUGUGGGCGGCAGCCGGCGAGAAACUUGCCGUUGAUCAUCUGGGCAUAACCAUCGGCUGCGGGAGUGACACUAAUCGCCGUGUUGAGAACAUCGGGUCCUAUUUGGCUGCUUGCUUCAAGAACACACAGAAGUUUCCCCACAUAUCAGUUGAAGAGGCAGAGGUCCAGUGCUCCCCCAAUUGCAGAGUUGAGGCAGUCGCACAUCGGCAGCUCAUGAAGUUGUUUAGCCGCAUGGAGUGGAGCUUGACCUGUCCUCCCCAACAUCUGUCGGCGGUCGACGCCCUUCUCGAGGUUGACAUCGAGGGUCCGAUGUUGCGCCUGCAAGAGAAGGCAUCAAAUUUCCAUGAGACUCUGGGCAGGUAUCAUAUAUGCUUGCGGAAGAACGGAGGCUCGCUUGGACCUUUGCCGUAUGACAAGGACGACUUUGACCUGCUUGCCGCCUGUAUCCUGCACGAGGGGCAGCUGCAAGGUGUCUUUCUGAUUCCCAUUUCCGAAUUGGUGCAGCGAGGCUUGGUGGCUAGCAGGUCCUGCACUCUCUAUUUGCACCCGCCGUGGUCUCUUCCAAAGAAGAACGGCACCAAGCAGAAGUAUGCCUGGCAGCAAGAGUUCUUCCUAGACCUCCGCACUUGGCAUGGCUCCAAAGAGGUGCCUGCACAGGUGAAGGUACACAUGGAGCGUCUGAUUGCAAAGGCCACAACAGCUGCAAAACAUGCCUGCAUGUGGAGGUUGUUGAGGCCGCCGCCCUACACCUGCGAAACCUUCGGGGUGCGCUGGGAGGAUGUGAAGUUCACGGCCAAAGAGGAAGAAUCUGAGGACGAGGGCGCCGAUCCUCCGGAAGUGCCAGCCGAAAGGGCUACCGAGGAUGAGCCCACGGCGGAAGCCACGGAGGCCUCGGCUGCGGCGCCUUCUUCGGCGGACUCUACAGGCUCUCCGAGAUCGCCCGGCAGCGUCUCCGACGGGGAGGAGGGCAUCGAUGUGCAGGUCGACGAGCCAUCCUGCGAAGAGCCCGAUGCCAACCCGACUGUCGGCUCGUCGGGGGACGACUUCCCAGGCAGAAAAGGGCAGCACGUCGGUGACGAUGACACCAGUGUGGAUCCCUGCGUGAACCUCUGGGACGGCAUCAGAAAGCAGAUGGAGAACAUCAUCAUCUGGUCGUUGAUGAGCGUCGUCGAUGGCAUCCAGCAUCGCAAGGGUUCGGUCGAACUCUUUGGUUAUGACUUCAUGAUCGGCGAAGCCGCCCAGGGCCAAGCGCCCGAUGUUUGGCUCAUUGAGGUCAACUCGUCGCCGGCCUGCGACUACUCUACCCCUGUGACUUGCCCUUUGGUGAAGCAGAUGAUGGAGGACACCGUGAAGAUCAUGGUCGACUUAAAGCAGACUCCCGGUGCCCCCACUGGCGAGUGGCAGCUGAUGCAGCAUGCAUUCAGCAAGCAGGUCCCGCAGCGCAUGGGCUUCGCUUGCAACUCGCAGCUGGAAGUCCUCGGCAAGAAGAUGAAGAUGCCGAAGGCGAAGAAGAAAAAGAAGAGAAAGGCAUCGAAGAAGUCAGCCGAGGGAACCACUGCAGGCGAGGGCGACGGUGAUGAGGCGGACGGCGAAGACGGUGAAGGAGACGACGGCUGCGACUGA